AUGAAGAAGCAUCUGAUCCGCGGCGAAUGGUUUAGACAAGUGAAGAUGUUCCCAGACAUUGUACCAACCAAGAAACCCGGUGGGCUGGUAUUUUCCGAUGCCGAGAAAAGGCAAGCCCUGCAAAAGUUUAUGAAGGGCGUCGACGUCAAGAUGCUCAACAAAAUACCCGAAACCACGUUAUUAGAACUGAAAGCCAUCAAUGAUUGGGACCCGGAAAGGGUGAAAUAUGAAUGGCGAUUGGAACAAAAGCGGCAAGCGAACGCGAAAGUUGAGAAAGUUAGGGUCAAGGUGAAAAGCGACCCACUUUUAAGGGCCGGCAACACAAAAUAUUGGGACCGAACGCCGAGCAAUGCUGAAGCCAUAUUACGAGAAAGCCCGAAGAAUGAGCUUCUUGACCUCGGAGGACAGGAGAAGCAUGGAGAAAAAGACCGGAUUGCCGUGGGCGCAGAGAAAUGGUACGAUAAAGCGAGCCCACAGAUGAGAGCAGAAAUCAGCGAGGCGAUGAACAGGCCGGGUGGAUUUCGGGACCGCGAGGAAAUGGAAAAAGUGGCCAAGGAGCGAUGGAAGAUCCCUGCGGUGACGGCUCGGGUCUUUGGCAGCUGGUAUUUCGGGAUGAUGAGUUCGGGAAGGAUCCAAGUCGACCAAGGCGCGAUUGUUGAUUGUCUCGGCCAAUCUCAGCACUAUAUCCGUGGUUACCGCGAUGUAUAUCUUCAU